UUUCCUUUUCUACACAAUUCAUUUAUUAUUGCAAUCUGUUCAAGUAAAUGUGUAUAGUUUUUGAGUAAAAUUUUGUCGUGUACGAAAUUAUGGAAAGUAAUCUUUGGAAAACGCUGCAGGAAGUUGAGAAAGUCGAGGUUUCUUUUAAGAAAACGUUAAGAAACAUUAACGGUAUAGAAAGCCGAUACAAAAUGGUAUCGUCUUUGAGAAAAAAGAGUGAAAAGCGUAAGGAAUCCUUUGAAGCGGAGAUCCAGGCGGCUAUUACAGAAAACAAAAGCGAUAAACUGCCCAAGACUAAUAAGGUAAAAAAGAAUAAGCCCAGGAUGGUGAGCAAAAAACAAGUUAAGAAGACCAAGCCGGUUUCUAAUAAAAGCCAGAGGAUUGCCUUGCCCACACUACAACCUAACUUAAAAUUGAAAAAUGUCCUACAAAUUGAAGAACCCUUUGUGUGUCUACAGACCAAUUGUGUCUAUGAAAUACACAAGACAACCACUCACGUGAUGACGCGAAAACCAUAUGGUGCACUUAUUCGGAAACUUUAUCGAGCAGCUAGUCAUAAAAAUCGGAAGGAGAAUUGCAAGCAGAUAUAUCCGGAUAACCAGAUAUUGGUUCAGGAGAAUUACAAGGAGCUAUAUCCAGAUCCCUUCAUCAACACCUGCUCGUGCUCAUCUUGCUGUUUGGAGUGCAGAUAAAUUAUUCGUUUGUGCAUUUAUGUCUUGCAUAUUUUUGGGCUUUUUCAAAGCUUUCCACCUUAGAUUUUGUACGAGCAUUAAAAUUGUAAAUAAUAAAUUGAUAAAUAAUACUUAGCAACUGCAACAUAAGAAAACCAUA